AUGACUGUUUUAUUGCUCGUCGUUAUGUUAAUCGUAACUCGUUCGGUCGCUGGAUCGCGCAUACCCGUGACCGAUGAGAAACGAGUAAGGAGACUGAUACGGGACUGGGCACCCUUGGUAUGGCUCGCACCCGGGGAACGAUUCUUGCCCCUCGGUGUCACCGAAUUUCUCGACAACGUACAAUCGGACCAAUAUUAUCUGCGCACUAGAACGGACAUAGAGUCAUUGUUAAAGAAUCGAUCGUCCUUCUUGUACGGACGAAAACCCGCUGGAACCGUGCCCGUCUACGCUCUCGUGAAGAACUGCGCUUCCCAAGACGCGCGAUUGUGCGCGGCAACGAGAGACGAACGGAUCGAGCCGAAGAACCGACGAAAUACCUUGACGCUGCUACGGGAUGUCGGAACACUUUUGCCUCGACGACGACGACGACGACGACGACGACGACGACGACGACGACGACGACGACGACAGGCCGGUACGAAUGAUACCAAUGAUCUAAGAGCACGGAACGUAUCGCGAGAACCAAUACGACAGGCAGGUAAUGCAGCUGAUGCGACUUUUGCAUCUCUUUUCAUCCUUUCGAUUUCCAUUUUAUCGAGAGAGAAUUUAUCCGUAAUAAACUCGCGACACGGUCGCGCGAGUUAAUUUCAAACGAGUUUCAUCUCGUCAUCGUUUCAGGUGACGACGGCCCCACGAUCCAAAAAAAACGGGCAUGCGGCAGAAUGUCGGCAAGUGCACUUUCACGUGACCUAUUGGAUGUUUUACCCGUUUAGCGAGGGAAAGACCAUCUGCGUGCUGGAUCUUGGAUUUUUUGGCAGCUGGCCGAUACCUACUCUGGCGGGCGUGUGCGUCGGUACGCUCAAAGAGUACGGCAGUCACGUUGGAGAUUGGGAACACACGAGUCUUUAUUUCAAGAAUAACGAGCAUCCUCUGGCGAUGUACGUAUCGGCGCACGACACCGGUGCGUUUUAUCGAUAUGAUCCACGAAACGGCACUUUCGUCUACGAGAGUCAGGAAACGAGGAAGGGUCUUUUCCAAAAACCAACGUUUCCGGACAAGGUUUAUACCGCCGGUCACUCGCAUCCGAUUUUAUUUAGUGCACGUGGCUCGCACGGCCUUUGGACAGCUCCGGGCAAGCACAGAUUCGUUCGAGUACCUCGUCUCUAUGACGAGGGUGGAUUCGGAACCGCCUGGCCCACGUGGAAGAGAUUCGAGUUACUCUCGGAGGAAGAUAACGAAGCUUUACCGGGUUGGAUGACCUUCAAGGGCAAAUGGGGCAAUCCCAGCAGCAACUGUCAUCCAUUGGCGAAACUAGGUUUUAACAUUUGCCAAUUUGUAGAUGGACCAACCGGAAUUCCAAUGAAGAGGUUCAAUUUUCGCUGUUGAACGUUCGUCCUCCUCGUCGUCGAAUGGGAUAACAC